AUGUCCAACAAACCACCAGCAAAUGGUGAAGUUUUCACAACUGUGGAAAACCGCCAGAUGAAUUUGAACAGUAGUAGCGGCAAGGACGUUUUUUCAAGAUCCAAGGCAUUGCUGGAACAAAAUGAAGGGAAAACAAUUGGAAAAGAUCCUGUGACUAGAGAGGACAGAAAAAAUGAACGUGAUGCAACUCGAAAGCGAGCUCUUUCAAACAUGGAAAAAGAAAAAGCUCUUUCAAACACUGAAGAAGAAAAGGAGUCGAAGAAGCCCAGACCAGAAAAUGGUUCAAACGAGUCCAGGCAUUGUCUUCCCUUUGAUUUCCACCACGUCCUCAAGGCUAUGCAAGCUCUGACUCCUGUAGGUGAGACUCCUGUAGAUGAGACUCUACCAAAACAAAAGGACAACACGACCACAGCUGAUGUUGCCACUACUGAAAUUGAGACUCCAACACAAAAUGACAACACAGCCAGAGCUGAUGUUGCCACCACUAGUAUUGAGACUUCAACACAAAACGACAACAUAACAACUCCUGUCGAUGAGACUCUACCAAAACAAAAGGACGACACAACCACAGCUGAUGUUGCUACUACUGAAAUUGAGACUCCACCAAAACAAAAGGAAGACACAACUGAAAUUGAGACUCCAACACAAAAUGAGAACACAACAACAGCUGAUGUGGUGGACACUAAUGAUGCCAUGACUACAACAUCACGAAAGUAUAUCUUGGAACAGACAUGGAUGCCUAAGGAAAUCUGUUUCAUUGUGGUAUGUGACAAGUGUGAAACAAAGCUUGUUGGAACAAACAAGAAGAAAUGCUACUUACGGGGUGAAGGUGUGCUUCGGUUCUUUCAGAAAUGCCACAGAAAGCGCAAUGUACUUGCAUCAUGUUCUGUCUCUGAUUAUCUUGGUGACGUUGCUGGUGAUGAAAUUUAUGCCAGAUAUGGCAUCUAUGAGAAACCAAAGGCAAAAAAUAAGGAGAAGGUGUACGUGGUGACGGCCUCAAAUGCAUUUGUAGGUAACCUUCACAAAGAGGCUACCAUGAAAAUUCGCAAUCACUACUUGGAGGCACACAAACAUGCAGCCUAUCCGCCCAGCUGUAUUCGUACAUCUGUUCCUCGUAUGACAGAAGCUGUAGACUUUUGGAAUAACACAGCUUUUGACCAGAAUCCAAUCAAGAAAUCCAAAUUUCAACAGGAGUACUUGAAGGUAGAGGGAUGCAGGUUGAAGCACAACCAGAUGAGACUAAAACCGAUGACCAUUGAGGAACUUGAUGUGGGUUGGCGUGAGAUUAUUGAAAUUUACAGCCAAAGUUUGGAAGAGAAGAAUCCUUGCAAUCACAACUAA